ACAGCAGCUUGUGCGUAAUGUUUGGAUAAUAAUCAUACUCACUCUAAACAUUCUCCAAUUGCCUGAAACGGCGCGAGGUGUCGGGGGACUGAAGUGGGGUCCCAGCGGCGUCAUGCAGAGACGAUCAUUGUCUCUCUCACACUUUCUAACUAGCCAUUUCACAACAGCGAGGCGAGGAAACUAGCCAGGCCAGAGAUAUCAGCAGUCCAUGUGGCGCAGCAGCGGUGUCCCGAGGGCUCUUCCUCUCAACAUCAACAAGAACCAAAUAAACUGAGUGCAGGAAUACAAGCGCAAAGAUGAGAACAACUGUUGGAGUUAAAUUAUAUUAAUAUUUUAUGAGACAUGUUCGUUAUAUCGGGUGACUGUUUAGUCAAAGUAAUGAGGCUGACGAAUUGCCUGAGAAUCAGUUAAUUGACCAGGUUCUCUAUCUCAACUACCAGCGAAUUAUUGUGUGAAAAAAAAUACUUUAAUCACACUCGUUAUCUGUUACACCAUCGAAGGAAACCAUGCAUGGAAGGCGGCAUUUCCCACCAAGUUAAACAGUGUUAUACGCACUACAUUUGGAUUAGCGUGCUGUACAACACAUAGCUACCGGUAUUUCGGGUGGAAUUUCGGAGUGGCUUCAUUUGCGCUUUCCUCGCGUUCCGCAGCUAAACUUGGAGAGCUCCAUGCAGUCGCGAAGGGAGAGAGAAGUGCGACCCCGUGCUGGAUGGAUGGUUAUGGGGAAAGGAGCAGGAGGACCUUCGGCGCUUGAAGUCGGCAAGAUCCUUGUUGUGUUUCUUUGCCUGUUUCCUUCUGUGAGUCUGCAGUGUAAGAUCCUCAAGUGUAACUCAGAGUUUUGGGCCUCCACCUCAAGCUCCGGCCCAGAGGAGGAGUUCUGUACUGCGCUGCGGGCGUACAACAACUGUGUACGCCGCACCGCACGCACCUGCAGGGGCGACUUAGCCUACCACUCAGCCCAACAUGGCAUAGAGGAUCUCAUGAGCCAGAACAACUGCUCCAAGGAGGGUCCUACAACUCAGCCUCGAGCCCGGACCCCCGCUCCACCACCACAGCUACAGCCUGACAGCCAGGAGCGCUCCGAUGGGCCAGAGCAGUGUCAUUACGAACGCAGCCUUCAUCGCCAAUCCUCGCCACCCAACUACACCCACUGUGGCUUCUUUGGAGACCCGCACCUCCGUACUUUCAGCGAUGACUUCCAGACCUGCAAGGUUGAGGGAGCCUGGCCCCUUGUCCAUAACAAAUACCUGUCUGUUCAGGUGACCAACACACCUGUCGUGCCUGGCUCCUCUGCUACGGCCACCAGCAAGUUGACAAUCAUCUUCAAGAACUUCCAGGAGUGUGUGGACCAGAAGAUGUAUCAUGCAGAGACAGACGAGCUGCCUGCAGCGUUCGCCGAUGGCUCCAAGAACGGCGGAGACCGCCACGGGGCCAACACGCUACGCAUCGUGGAGAAGGUGCCUGGGCAGCAGGUGGAGAUCCACGCUCGCUACAUCGGUACAACCAUUGUGGUCCGGCAGGUGGGGCGAUACCUGACCUUUGCUGUGCGGAUGCCAGAGGAAGUAGUGAACUCUGUAGAAGACCGAGACAACCAGGACCUGUACCUCUGCCUGCACGGCUGCCCUGCCAACCAACGCAUCGACUUCAGGACAUUCAGGGCCCGUGCAGUGGAGGGCCACGGCCUGAGCAGGACUGGCAGCCCUCCCCAUGGGUUUACCUACAAGGCUGCCAUGGCUAAGUGUAAAGAGCGCCUCCCAGUGGAGGACCUGUACUUCCAGUCCUGUGUGUUCGACCUGCUUUCCUCUGGGGACGUCAACUUCACCAUGGCUGCCUACUAUGCCUUUGAGGAUGUGAAAAUGCUCCACUCCAACAAGGACAAAUACCACAUUUAUGAAAAGGAUGCAUUUGGGAGUAAUGCGGCGCCAAGGGGAUCAGAUGUGUUCUCGCUAGUCCUCCUCAACUUUCUGGCUGUGUUGUUGUUCAUCUAUAGUCCCCUGCCAACAUCAUCCUCAUUAUGCUAGCUGUCAGUGGGUGUGAAACAGUGCUCUCACCGUGUCAUACUUCACCACCACUGCUCUGUCCUCAGUGGCUGGUGGCCAGUGGAGUCCGCAAGCCCUUCCAUGCCUCUGAGGGGACAGAGCAGCCCAUGUGCAAUCAAACUCAUCCCAGCCAUGGUUUCAUCAUUGUUUUGUUGUUGUCAUCAUCUGUUGACUUCCAUCUGGUGGUGAGGUGAGCUCUCUGUGCUCCCACCUAUCAUUACAUUCAUUCUGCUGGUUUAAGGACUGGUCCUUUGAUGAAGGAGAGCGGUGGUGAGUGAGGAGAGCCCAGGAGCCCCAGUACUUUGGAUAUCAAGCUGGGAUUAAAUCCCACAUUCCCACUGGGACUGCAUGCGCCUAUGGGAAGCGAGAUGAGAUUAUCUCUUGCAGAAAGAACCUCACUGGUUCCAAGCCAGUGGAGCUCCCUGUGGCUCAUGGGUAUGGGCUAGACGACAUGACAGGGGCUUUUGUUAACCUCUGGCCAGAAGUAGCUCCCUGUUUGAUCUUCCAGCUUUGGAAAAGCUGUAGCUUUUUGGAGGAAGCUCUCAGCCAAAAGGAUGUCAGAGCAGCGAGUCUAGUUGUCUGCUGUGGAGAUUAAUAGGUCAUAACGCCAGGUCUUUUGUAACAUUGUGUGAUUGUUUGUCUGUGUGUGUGUGCGCACCUCUGGUUAAUUGUGUGCUCCAGAAACGGUUGUGUGUGAGAGUGAGUGUUACUCAAAAGUGCAAGAAAUCUUUCCUUGGGAGAAAUAUUUCUUAAUGUUGUUAUAUUGCACCCCAGGUUCCAAUAUAGAACCGUCAUGGUGGUCUAGAGUCAGUUGAAACUGCCUCUGCCUGCCAAGUGGUUACUUCUAAGUGAACUGGCAGACAGUAAAAAAAUAUUUUCCCAACUUUUUACCUGUCAAUCAGUGUCAAAUAGACUUAGUUCAAAUAUUGCCGUUUUAAAGUGUUAAGUAUGAUAAAUGUAUUUUUUUGUAUCAGGUCUAAUUAGGAAUGGAGAUGUUCAUAAGGAAAAAGCCCUGAACAAAAUCUACCAAGGGCACACAAUGCAGAAACGCAGAUCACGUUUACACAGUAUCUCUCUUCAUUCAACCAACCAACUUUCAUGUACAAUGUAUCAUGGCCAAGAAAUUGUUUUCUACAGAUCAUUUGUUUCUUGUCUAGGCAGUCAACAGUUCCCUGCAGAUGUAGGUAUAUUGGCAAUGUGAUGGGUUUGAGAAAGGUAUAGUCACAGGUUAAAAUAAAAUGUUUUCCCACCCGUGGUGUGCUUCCACCAAAUGGACUUGUUGCGGAUACAAAUCAGUGUGAUGACGUAGUGCACACAAAAUGUACUUUAACUUCAAUUUGUUUCCAUUGUAUUUUCAAUUCUACCGAUUUAGUUUUGUCACAUUGUAGAAAAUGUACCUACUCUGGUCUUGACACAUGCGCUCUAGCCAACAGCUGGCAGAUACAGUGUGGGUAGGCUUGUCUACAUUGACAUUAUUAUGGAUAAGAGCAAGAAUAUUUGUCAAAUGGCAGUCAAGCAUCAAUCAUCAUGUCACCAGAUCCUCAACAUUUAUUGGAAAGGAGCAUCAAGCUCAUCACCGUGCACUUUCAUCACCCUGUGAAGUUCAUUUAUUUCAUCUGUCGUCUAAUAAGCGGCAUUGUUUCCCUAGUCGGAGGACACACCAUAUCACGUGACUCCAAGUUUCCACUGCCAUUUCUCGCAUAAUUAAUUUUACCAACACAAAAAGAUCCCACCAUGUUGAAUGAACAAAUUAUUUAUCGGCAUUUAUAAAGUUGUACCAAAACUUCCUGUUUCUAACACCACUGUCGUGAUUUGUUUUAUACGGUAUGAUUUUACCCACAUAAAAACUGUGGAUGGAAACGUGGUUUACUGACCACUGUAGAGAGCAGGUCCUGUACGUAAAAGAGGGUGUUGACAUGGCUCCGCUAUAGGGAACGUACAACUUGCAUCUGUCUGUAGACCUGUUAAUUUAUGGCUUUAAUCUUUGCCAAAGAACAAGCCCAGGUGCCAACAAUUUUCCCAACAGCUGAAUUUUCACUUCUCUCUUUCUCUGGGAACUUUUGCGAUAAAGUUUCCAUUUGGAUUGUGUAGAACGCUGGUGCUACUACUUGAACUUAGUGGAUUGACUUAUUCAGCGCAGCAUGGUAAAUAAGCUGUCAGUUUCUGGUUUUGAAUUGGAUCUUCUGUCAUAUGUGAAAUGCAUGCAGCUACAGCAGUGGAGGCUGGUGGGAUGAGUUUCAUAAGAGGACUGGCUCAUUUUAACAGCUGGAAUGGAAUCAAUGGAAAUGAGUCAAACGCAUGGUUUCUAUAUGUUAAUUGUUUAAUGCCGUUCCAUUUAUUCCAUUCAGUGGUGUAAAUUACUUAAGUAAAACACUUUAAAGUACUACUUAAGUCGUUUUUGUGGUAUCUGCAUUUUACUAUUUGUAUUUUUGACAACUUUUACUUCACUACAUUCUUGAAGAAAAUUAUGUACUUUUUACUCCAUACAUUUUUACUGACACCCAAAAGUACUCGUUACAUUUUGAAUGCUUAGCAGGUCAGAAAAUGGUCAAAUUCACACACCUGGUCAUCCCUAUUGCCUCUGAUCUGGCGGGCUCACUAAACACAUGCUUUGUUUGUAGAUGUCAAGUGUUAGUGUGACCCUGGCUAGCCGUCUGGUUUGCUUAAUAUAAGGAAUUUUAAAUGAUUCAUACUUUUACUUUUGAUACUGAAGUAUAUUUUAGCAACUACAUUUACUUUUGAUACUUAAGUAUAUUAAACACAUACUUUUAGACUUUGCCUCUCAAGUAGUAUUUUACUGGGGGACUUUUACUUGAGUCAUUUUCUAUUAAGGUAUUUUUAAAAAACUUUUCAAGUAUGAUAUUGGAGUACUUUUUCCACCACUGAUUCCAUUCCAGCCAUUACAAUGAGCCCAUGCGCCUCCCACCAGCCUCCACUGAUCUACAGUACCAUUUUGAUGUGUUGUAGUUUCUCCAUUGCAUUGUCUGUGUAAUCAUUUCAUUCACUAGUAAGCCUAAGGGCUCGUUUAAAUUCGUACAGCGGAAGUUCAGUGCGAUAGCGAAAUUGAAAGGUAAUUUCUGAUUGAGCCGACACAUGCAGCAUUUAUUGUGAAUGCAGUCUCCACGAGCCAGGAGCUUUGCCUUAAAAUGUCAAUCAUGCUAUAGCGCUGAACUUUCACGAUACAGAUUUAAUCAAGUUCUAAAUCUUGAGGCUGGAGGUACUAAUACUUCAAAGGCAUGUUAUAUGAAGAAGACAUUGAACCUUUCAUUCUGGUUGGAUCUUGAUUUGCAUUAUUUGUUGUAUACCCAAGUAAGGAUAAAACCUUGUCAGACGAUUUGCUUCGGGGGGUUUUCCGAUUUCAUCUUGGUUGAAUAUUUUUGGGUUUUACCUUCCUAGUCCCUUAGCACUCAUCUAUUAAACAACUUAAAAGGUAAUAUAUCCUUACACUGAAGUAUUUGGCCUAACUACUGCUAUGGGAGCAUGUGCAGUUUGUUCUUAGUCUGGCCUUAAAAGAUGAUCAAAGAAACAAAAAUGAAUGUAACACUGAAUCUUGUGAUUAUAGAUGUAAUUUGUGAGUUUGAUAUAUGGUUCUACAUGUGUAAUGUGUGAUUGUAUACAUGUUUGUUGUUGAAUUGUUAAAAUAUUGUAUUAUCUGUUGUGUUGAAUUUAUCACUACAGUUUUGUAUAUGAGAAAAGGUUUGGUGAAUGUGACCUUUUUUAUUUAAGGAUUUAGUGAAAAUGUGAACAUUACAAAGCUGUUGGGUUGUCAGGGCCUAUUUUUCAGCUAUGCAUUAAUGGCAGGAAUCCUAUACUGGUUACUGUAGUUUCAGAGCAUUCCUUUACCUGCUCGUGAGCAGACAAGUUAACCUUGAUUCCAUCCACCUAGAUGUCUACUAAGGGAAUACAAGAGUUUUUUGGUGUUCAUGUCUUUCAUUUUAAAGCACUUUAUGUUUUUUCACUUGGCUCUUACUUGGUUUGAACUUGAUUGUGAAUAGAGGUUGUCAGACUUGUAACGGUAGAAAAAUAUGGAAUAAAAAAAAAAACAUGUCCGAUUGGGAGAAGCCAGAAAGAUCAAACUGUGUAUGUAGGACAAAAGCGGUGCCACAAACUGUUUAUACUGUAAAUUAUUUAUUAAAUAAAAGAUAAACAGCACCCAAAGUGAA